GAGCUGCCUCUACUUCUCCGAAGGCUUCUGUUCGACUCCUCCAUCCUCCUCUCUUCUGCCGGGCGUCUCGUCCUAUUGCUCUCGCCCGUCCCGCGUGUGUGUCGCCCCGCGCCUUCUCUCCUCGCCUUCCCACAGCUUCCCUCCGAAACCUGUCGGGACUUUGGUCCGCCUUUUAAACCCGUUCUUCUGCCUGCCCACCACCCCGUCCCAGGCUCCCUCUGUUUCGGGUGGGAAAGGGUUCUCCUUUCCUUUUGCCUCAGUCAGAAUCGUGUCUCUGGGUCCUCUGAAUCAGCUGCAUAGGCUCCCUCCUCAGUUCCCCCUCCAGUCCCAGGAAGACGGCCGCCUUUCGCUUCUCAGUUUUCCGCUUCCCCAUCUCGCCUUGCUUGGGGGUGUUCCUCCUUUCCCUCUUUCUCUUCCCCUCAGGUUCUCUCCCGGGAAGGUCCUAUCCUGCCCUGCCUGCUUACCUGUAACUAACUUUCUCUGGGGCUGCCAGAGCCUCCCACUCCCCUCUCCGGAACUAUUCCUUUUGUCUGGGGAAAUUGGCUCUCCUCGUGUGUCUGUCUUCCCUUGUGUGGUAUGUAGCCAAAUUGCAUUGCUUCAUUGCUGGUUGCCUUCGCUGCCUCUCCACUGCAAUCUUACUGAGGAACAGUCCUCUGUUUUAUUUUUUAUUUGCAGUAAAUGUAAAAUCUCCUUUCCUCUCUGACCGACUUCUACUCCACAUUGUUGCUACUCAGUAUAUAUCUGGCUGCUUGUUUUUAAGACUUCCUGACUCUUUAACACAAACAUCCAGCCUUGAUUCCAUAGUUUUAUAUGUCUUGCUGAAGGACUUUCUGUUGCCUAAUUUUUAGUUCUGCUGCUUCUUUGAAUGUAACUUUUUCUGGUUACCAUAAUAAUUGGAUUGUGGGCAGUCUUUCCUAAUCAGAUUCUUUUUAUCACCAUCACUAUCUUAGUGCAGUGUGGGUGAUACUAGUAUUUGGAGAACUAAAGAGGAGGAUGCCAAGGAAACUGCUGUUACCUUAUAAAUCUGUGUUUUCUCACUCUCGAGUUCAGAGGGGGUUGCAUGAUUCUUUGGCAAUGAAUGCAGCCAGAAGUGGCUACCGGGUCUUCUCAGCAAAUUCCACAGCAGCCUGCACAGAACUGGCCAAGAGGAUCACUGAGCGUCUUGGUGCUGAACUUGGAAAAUCUGUGGUGUAUCAAGAAACCAAUGGAGAAACAAGGGUUGAAAUAAAAGAGUCAGUCCGAGGACAAGAUGUGUUCAUAAUUCAGACAAUUCCCAGAGAUGUGAACACUGCGGUAAUGGAAUUGUUGAUUAUGGCUUAUGCACUGAAGACAUCCUGUGCCAAAACCAUCAUUGGUGUAAUUCCAUACUUCCCUUAUAGCAAACAAAGCAAAAUGCGGAAGAGAGGCUCAAUAGUCUGUAAACUCCUUGCUUCCAUGUUGGCUAAAGCAGGUUUAAGCCACAUCAUCACUAUGGAUCUCCAUCAAAAAGAAAUACAGGGUUUUUUUAGCUUUCCUGUUGAUAACUUGAGAGCAUCGCCUUUCUUGCUUCAGUAUAUACAGGAAGAGAUUCCUGAUUAUAGGAAUGCAGUUAUUGUAGCCAAGAGUCCUGAUGCUGCUAAGAGGGCCCAGUCUUACGCUGAGCGAUUGCGGCUAGGCCUGGCAGUUAUUCAUGGGGAGGCUCAGUGCACAGAGCAAGACAUGGAUGAUGGGCGGCACUCUCCUCCAGCGGUAAAAAAUACUACAGUGUGCACUGGACUGGAGCUGCCCUUGAUGAUGGCCAAAGAGAAACCACCCAUAACAGUAGUCGGAGAUGUUGGAGGUAGAAUUGCCAUAAUUGUGGAUGACAUAAUUGAUGAUGUUGAAAGUUUUGUGGCAGCUGCAGAAAUCCUGAAAGAGCGUGGUGCUUACAAGAUCUUUAUCAUGGCCACUCAUGGUCUCUUAUCUGCUGAUGCCCCACGACUAAUUGAAGAGUCCUCAAUUGAUGAGGUGGUGGUUACCAAUACAGUUCCUCAUGAAGUACAAAAACUGCAGUGUCCCAAGAUAAAAACUGUGGAUAUCAGCUUGAUCCUCUCUGAAGCUAUCCGCCGAAUCCACAACGGAGAGUCUAUGUCUUACCUCUUCCGCAAUAUUACCAUGGAUGAUUAAAUUUAUUUUUUGUCAUUCUACCAUCUGUUUCCUCAAAGAGAAGAGAAAAUAAUAUGUGCGUGAGACAAGAGUGCCAUAAAGUUGAUAGUGUAUUUUUUUAAGUAUUAUAAUGGGGCUGAGUAUUUUGAGCUGAGUUUCACAAAUCCUGCAUGGAGACUGGAUCAGGAUGCAGUUAGGCAUUGGAAUAUGUGGUUAAACUGUUUGAAUGAUACUAGUGGUGGCUUUUUGCUCUCGCUACAUCUUGUGUAUCAUGAGAGGCAAUUGGGGGAUUGACCUUAAAGGCUCACUGAGAUGUACUCUGCAUGCAUAUCCUCAAGUCACAUGAAAGAAAGUACAUUUUUAUUGCACUGCUGCAAUGCCUUCUUGCCACCUGUGGAACCAUUUUUCACGUCAUGGUAGCAGCAAGGUUUCCUUUUGUGAAAUGAUUGCUAAUCCGUUUAUUUUCAUCACCGUUAACAUAGUAUGAUGCUACCUGGUUCCAAAGUUGUGGUCAAAAGUAGAAUGUGCUACCUCUUUUUUGUUACAGAGAACUAUGUUGUAAUCCUGCCUAGCUGCUUGAAAGAGAAGUAGAGCAAUUCUGCAUAUAAUGGUUGCUACAGUUUGUGCUAAAAUAUAAAGUUAUAGUUCAAUGGGAUUUGUAUUCUGUGUUUGUGCAUAGCACAAGAUGGGAUAUUUUAGGUAGAAAAUAUGGAGAAAUCAAAGCAGUCUUGUCUUACGUCAUACACAGCUUUACUCUGAUACAGAAUGGUUACGCUAGUAACAUGUCCUCUGAUUUUUAGAGCACUCAGUUAGCUAUCACACUCACUGCAGUAUUUUAACACUAAGGCCUUUGCUGGGAUGAUUGAGCCUGUUUUCCAGUGCAGUGAUUCUUGAGCAUUUUAUUAGAUGUUAGCUUCUGGCUUGGAAGUGAAACUACCCGCUUCCAUACAGUUUCCUUUUUCCCCUGGCACGUGUCCCCAGAAUGCCAAAGUUUCAUCCCUAGAAUUUCUGCAACUCUCCCACAGAGGUCUCUUCUGUGCUUGGAAUUUGCUCAUUUAAUCCCUGCAUAUCUUCAGAGUUUCAGCACAGAAAAUUAGAUCUUAAUGUCAGAUCUAUUCCAAGUUUUUUUUAAAUUAAGACUGAAUUGCAUAUACAGUCAGGACCAGAAAUAUUGGAACAAGAAUAACUGUUUUGGCAUUUGGCCUCUGUACACCACCACAUUGAAGUUGAAAGGAAACACACUCAGAUGGGAGCGAAGUCAGGACUUUCAGCUGUCAUUCAAGGGGGUUGACAAAAGUGGGGCACUAACCAUUCAGGAAGUACAGCCAGUGGCAUACACACACACCCAUUAUUGGUGGCUCAUAAGUAAUGGAAUGAAUGGCUGACAAUUAGCUGCAUGGCCAGGUGUGGCCUGUUUCUUGGGUACCCCAUGACCAAUCAAGUAGAUAAAAGGCCUGGAGGUGGUUCUGAGUGUUACAUUUGCAUUUGGUAGCUGUUCACUGGAACUCUCAACAUGAGGUCCAAAGAGGUGUCCGUGCGAGUAAAGGAGGCCAUCAUUAGGCUGAGGAAACAAAAUAAAUCCAUCAGAGAGAUAGCAAAAACAUUGGGAGUGGCCAGUGCAACAGUUUGGAACACCCUGAAAAAGAAGGCAUAAACUGGCAAGCUCAGCAACAGCAAAAGGCCUGGAAGACAACUAAAGUGGAUGACCACAGAAUUCCGCUCAUGGUGAAGAGGGGCCCUUUCACAACAUCUAGCCAGGUCUUGAGGAGGUAGGCAUGUCAUUGUCAACAUCUACAGUCAAGAGACGGCUUUAUGAAUGUAAAUACAGAGGCUUCACAACAAGGUGCAAACCACUGGUAACACUCAAGAACAGAAAGGCCAGAUUAGAGUUUGCCAGCAAACACCUAAAAAAGCCUGUCCAGUUCUGGAAUAAGAUUCUUUGGACUGAUGAAACCAAGAUUAACUUGCACCAGAAUGAUGGGAAGAGAAAAGUAUGGAGAAGGAAAGGAACAGCUCAUGAUCCAAAGCAUACUACAUCAUCUGUCAAACAUGGUGGAGGCAGUGUUAUGGCAUGGGCAUGUAUGGCUGCCAAUGGAACUGGGUCACUGGUGUUUCCUGAUGACCUGACUGCUGAUAAAAGCAGUAGGAUGAAUUCUGAAGUGUAUAGGGCUAUACUUCCUGCUCAGAUUCAGCCAAAUGCUGCCAAACUGAUAGGACACCGCUUCAUAUUGCAGAUGGAUAAUGACACAAAACAUACAGCAAAAGCUACCCAAAAGUUUCUCAAGGCAAAGAAGUGCGAUGUUUUUCAAUGGCCAAGUCAGUCACCUGAUCUCAACCCAAUAGAGCAUGCUUUACACUUACUGAAGACAAGACUGAAGGCAGAAAUACCCACAAACAAGCAGCAGCUGAAGGCAGCUGCAGUAAAGGCCUGGCAAAGCAUUUCGAGGGAGGAAACUCCGCAUUUGAUCAUGUCCAUGGGUUCCAGACUUCAGGCAGCCAUUGACUGCAAAGGGUUUUCGUCCAGGUAUUAAAGGCUAUCCUUAUGUUUGUAAUGAUGUUGGUUUGUUCCAUUACUUAUGAGCCACCAACGGUGUGUGUGUGUGUGUGUGUGUGUGUAUAUGCCACUGGCGGUACUUCCUGAAUGGUUAGUGCCCCACUUUUGUCCAACCCCUUGAAUUACAGCCAAAAGUCCUGACUUCGCUCCCAUCUGAGUAUGUUUCCUUUCAACUUCAAUGUGGUGGUGUACAGAGGCCAAAUGCCAAAACAGUUAUCCUUGUUCCAAUAUUUCUGGUCCUGACUGUAUGGUAGCAAAAGAGCAGCAUGUUUUCCCCAUUCCACUGAAUAGAUCUUGAAUUUUGUAAAAUAUAAGGGCAUUAUUUUCUUCAGAAAAGUCCGUGAAGCCAUCCAUCAUUAAUGCUAUUUUAUUUCAACUUCUAUUUUGUUUGAAAAAGUCUAAAUCAUACUUAUCUGCAUGGACCAACAACCCAAACCUGCUGUUGCAGUAGAUUGGGUACAGGUGACAGGGAGGUAAGAGGUGAGACUGAGGAGAAAGAAAGCCCAGCCUGAUGUUAUCCACAAUGCAGAUAGAGCCUAAGCUAGGCCAAAUUUUAUUCAGCUCCUGAAUAUAAUUUUUUUGGAUUGGCUGUGUUUUACUUCUUUUGGGGUUCAUUGGUUCCUAUAUCUGCUCUGAUAUCCUGUACCUUUGGACACUUUAAUUAGAGGCAUUGUAUUGGGACUGUUUUUCCUGUCAUUAUUUUGACAUGCAUUGGAGGAAACACACACAUGCUGAGAUCUUGCCACAGUUCUUUAAUUUCCUAGUUCUCCUUGUCUUGCUGUUCUUCUAGCCAUUCUGGAAAGAGCAGUCUUUCCAGGUUAAUUUUGGCCUCUUGCACUUGAUCAAUUCUUUUUCUUUUUUAAUUUGCUAUUAUCUGUCUUUUCUGUUUAGCCAAUUUCCCUUUUGACUCGUGUUUUUUGGUAGACUUGAUCACUACAAGAAAUGCCUAAAAUAGGGUACCUGGCUCCAGCAUGUAAUGAUUGAAAGAAUGGGAAGACUUGCUUCUAGAAAUUCUUGAUGCAUUUUUGCAUCUUUUCUCAUUAAUAUUGUUAUUACAUCAAAAAUCUAAAAAGUACACAUGCAACCCUCAUUUUUUGUCAUAGUCCAGAUGGCUGAUUUGCUCAUACAGCUCUUCAUAUCUCAGCCCCUUAGACAAAACAUUUCUCAGUCACAUUGACCGUAUUAAAGCCGAAUACUGAAUGUUCUGUGACAGAAUUUUUACAGGUAUUGCUCUGAGUGUUUUAAUACUGGGCAGGGCAUAAAUCAACUGUUUCUUAUCUCAUUAAUACUGUUAUUAAUCAACCCAUUAUUAUUGUUAUUACUAUCUCAUUAACACUGUUAAUCACUUAAUGAUAUUAGAGCAUGUAUUUCUGCCUGAGUCUUCAUGAUCAUGGAAAUAUUGUUCAGUGCUUUACAGUUAUAGAUCAUGUAUCCUGCUGUCAUAUUCCUGCUUUAAAGAAAGGAAGAAAAAGGUUCUUCUUUGCUAUAGCCAACCUAGUCCCAAAACAUAUGAGUAAAUAUGAGGCUAAAGAGCAUUUAAUUAACUAACCUAUAUCAAAAGCACAGCUGUAGCAAUGGUGAACAGCUAAUAAUAGCAUGCUGAAAGUACAGAACUAUUACCCCAGCUUCACAAGCAAUAUAUGCUGGCACAACUAAUGGAGUUUAAGUGCCUUAACUGUGGAAUGAUGAUUUUAAUUCACAUCGGUGAUUGCCAGAACAGAUCAGGCAUGGUCUUCCAGACAGAUUAACCAAGGACAACUCAUAUGGAAUCUCUCAGAUUGUCUCACUGCUUGAAUCAAAAAUAGAUAAUAUAGAUAAGAUUAUGUAGCAUCCUUUCUUCAUUUAUUAUUAAGAAAAAGGAACUGUCCUUAAUUUGCCUUAUAUUUUUUCCAUCCAUCAAAGCAUAUUUAAAUACCUUUCAAUCCAUAUUGGGGGACAAAGGAGACUUUAAAUCCAGGAAAGGUCUUGGCAGUUCAGCAAGCCAAUCCCUUUGUUUAUAUAUGCCAGCAUCAACUUAGCUACCUUUUGGUCUCAUACUGACUGCAGAGCCUUCUGAGGUAAAAAGCAAUAUUUUGAGAUAGUCUCAUAAAUCAUAAAUACUGAGUGUUUGAGAAAAGCCAUGUUUAAUCCAUUGCUAUGAUUUUCAUGGGUUGGGCUUGGAUUCAAAGUUAAAAACACUUCUGAUGUUAACUCUGUACUUUUUAAGGGUAAAUAGCACUGGCUGAACUGUAGGUUUUUAAGUCCAAAAUGUGAUUUUUCUUCUAAACUCAAGGAAGUGGAGUUUUAUGCUGCAUGUUAAUUACCAGUUUUACAACAAUCAAAGCCAUCUAUAUAUAUUCUUGGGAGAGCAAAAAUGAAGAUCUAUGCAAUGUUAUGCUGAAGCAUUAAAACAAUAUUUGGGAUUUUGAUCUGCUUUAAACAAAUUGGCAGGGCCAUGAAGUCCAAGUCACAGGAUCCAGGGCAAGAGUGAUGACUGGUUAGGAUUAAAGUAACAUAAGUCAGGCAUGGCAUUUAUCUUUUGUGAGAUAGUAUAAAUAUGUCGUCAUUAAGCAGAGAAAUCUAUUUGCUUUUAAACUGGUGGGACUUUUUUUAUCUUGGUCUUAAAUAGAGAUAAAUAAGGAAUACUUGCCCUGUUACAUCACCCUGAAUUUAUGGGAAGAUUCUGUCUCUUAUUAAGUUAUCUUUUGAACCAAUUCUUUUGUUCAUAGCUUUUUAAGGAGCUUGCUUUUAGAUGUCAUAAUUCUCCCAUAAUAUUGGAGACCUCAAUCUCUUACAGCAACCACAUCUUCUGUUUAUGAUUUUAUCUUUCCUGGUAUCUCCUUCCUAAAAUUUUAUUAUCCUCAAAACUGAGUGCAAGUUCCUAUUUUAAACAGUUACCAGAGCUGCAGUGGCAAGGCUUGAGACAGAGUUUGGAUUGUAAAUGUAGCUGGUGGUCUGAUAAUUAGAGUGUUUAUGAGGAAAUGGUUUCUUGACUUUUUAAUCAGAUAUUUAAAAUAGCUUUAUUCAAAUUCAUAACUAGGACUUUAGUAGUACAAACAUUUUCUCUCCUUCAUACUUCAUUUCUGUCUUGCUUUUGUGCUACACUUUAUAAAGGGGGGGAGCACUUUAAUUAAAUUUGUAGCUAAUUAAACUCCCUUAAGCUGAGGUUGUGGGAGAAGGUGAGAUAAGUUGUAAUUUUGCUUUCUGAAAUACUCUGGCUCAUGGGAGAAUUGGUCAUGGACAACACAGUACCAAAUAAGACCCAAGAUUCAGCGAGAGAGCAAAACCAUAGGGCUUCUGAAAAAUUAAAUAUUAAUCAUUUUGAAGAGAAGAUGGGCCGCUGUAUUUUAAUUAACACCAAAGAGACUGUAAUUGGUAACAACUUUCCAAAACAACAAAUAUAAUAGUACUCUGAGUAUUAUGCUUCAUUUUCCAAAGUGCAAGAUACUGAGUUCAUAAAACUCAGUGCUUCAACAAUGCAAGUGCUAACUUGAAGGAAAACAUAUGGUGACACAUACAUAAGAAAUUCAUAGCCAACAAGUGCAUGUUAAAAUACAGUUUAGAUCCAACACAAUAAGUGAGGUUGUCCAUUGUCUGUGGGCUAUAUGUAUUCAAUGCAAAGCAAAAUUAAAAAUUAGAUCAUGCAGAAAAGCUCUAAAAUGAAAUUAUUUUCUAUCUAGUACAGUGCCCAUUGUCUUUGUGGAACUAGACGCAGUUCAACUGGCCUAUUUCAUGUAAUGCUAGUUUUACACCUUGUUCUAUAGUGCCACUUCUCCACUUAAAUCUGAAGUUUGAAGUACUUCAUCUCCUUUGGGUGCAUCAUGACACUUUGCUUCUAAAAGUAGUUUCAUAAAUGAAGGGGAGAUGUUAUAUUCAGAAUAAUCUUGUAAUGCUUAACCUCUGUGAAAUGAUUUCACAUUUUUGAAGCCUGAUGAUGCAGUGGGUAAUAUGAAAAGUUACUGCUGUGUCCACAUGUUCAGUUAUUAGUCCUCCAAACUAGAGAGGGACUGGUAGACGUUCUUACAGUAUGAGUCCAGCAUAUAUCAAGCCUAAUUAUUGCAGCCUGCUCUCAAUUUUAUAUGAUUGCUGCUAGGAACUUUUGAACUUUUCAAAUAUAUUCUAAUAAAUAUGUAUGCAAGCACUUUGUCUCUUCAAUUUUGGAAUGGAAGAACCUACAAAUAGGGCAGGGCAGUCAGACAUUUGUAUAAAUUGAGGGGGAGGAGCCAAAUCCUUAUGGCCCACCUAUUUUCAUGUCCUGUCCUUAGGGUCUCCAUUCAAAUGGGUAUGCAGUUAUCUAUCUUGAAUAUUCUCUUCUUUGCAGGGUCUGGGUUAGUGCAGUUAAAUAAUGUUGAACUUCAUGAUAUUAAAUGAGAUCCUCCUCUUUA